GUGAGCGGUCAGUGAUUAUUGGUCCUUACUGUUAGAUCUCUAACUUUAGACCAAUUAUAUUGACGAAUUGCUCAACUGUUGUGCAACUGUUGAGUUCGCUGAACGCACCUAUUGCUAGGUUCGUGAUGGCUGAGAGGUAGUGACGCGCUUGUUGUGUAGCCUCAGUGUAAUCUUGUUUUUCAUAUCAUAUUUUAAGUGCCACACAUUAAAUAACGCGGCGAGUACGGUAAGCGAGAUUUCCACACAGUGACGAAGAUCGUUCGUUAGCUAUCAGCUGCCGUUGUUGCCAACCGUAAUCAUUGUCGUCGGUUUUUGCUGUGCUUGGCCGUUGACUGUCGCCAAUCGCACUUUUAUUGUGUUUUACUAUGAAUAAAGCGACUCGCGCAGCGUCCCGUCGUAUCGGGAGUAACUUAGGGAAUACAACUAAAGUAAACCAGACAUGUGGUGCGAGCAAAGAUAUAGCUUUACAAAGUAAUCUCGCAGCGGUAAAGAAUCAGAAGAAAUUCGACUCUACUAAGAAAUUAACCAACAUAUAUUUUUCCAAAACACAAUCUACAUCAGAAACAUGCAAAUCUCUUACAGACAAAGCAUAUUCUUGUGGACAAGAUUCAAAUGGGGACAUUAUGAAAGAGGAGAGUCCUUCACUUGUGCGUUACUUCUUUGAAAAUGCAAUAGUUCCAAAAUAUGUUUCGACAAUCAAUGAAAUCAUCUCUGAUGUAGAACAAUUCAAAACUGAUGAGACACCAGUGGCUGUUCCAGUCCAUGGGCCAUCUACGCCACAUAGAAUCAAUAUGCCAUCAUUAGAAGAUGAAGCUACCAUGACUAAGGAGAAACAACCGGUGAUGGUAACGUUACGUAGCCCAUUACAAAUUAUAAAAAAGCCUGCUUCACGUGGCCGUAAGAAGGGAGUCUCAAAUCGGUUACUAAAUCAUUUAUCGAAACCGGUAAACGCUACUAGUACAAAUCGUUCGAUUACUGAGUAUUUUCCGGUACGUCGUAGUGUGAGAAAGUGCAAAAAGACUGUAUUAGAAGAAAAACAGCGCGAUAUAGAAAAUAAAGUGGUUUGCCAAGUGGAAGAGGGCUUGGAGGUCAGACACUUCCCAGGCAAAGGCCGCGGUGUUAUAACUACGCGUGAAUUUGCUAAAGGUGAAUAUGUAGUGGAAUAUAUCGGCGAGCUGAUUAGUCAAGCAGAGGCAAAAAUACGUGAAAAUGAAUAUGCCCAAGAUCAGAACACCGGAUGUUACAUGUAUUAUUUUCAACACCGUAAUCAGCAGUAUUGCGUCGACGCGACAGCGGAGACGGACAAACUGGGCAGAUUAGUUAAUCACUCAAGAAACGGCAACUUAAUCGCACGGAUUAUCGAAGUCAAUUCUAUACCGCAUUUAGUGCUCACAGCAAAGGAGGACAUACCGAUUGGCGUCGAAGUUACGUACGAUUACGGAGAUCGAAGUCGCGAAUCCAUUCGUCAUUAUCCAUGGCUGGCGUUAUAGCACACUUCCAAUUCACUAUUUAUAUGGCAUUGCACUGUACAUAAAAAAUUCACUUCCGUUUCUCCUAUGAAGGAACGUAGCAUGUUCGCUCUAUUAUAUAGAAAUUUAUCUUCUAAAUGAAGUUGCGGACAAGCGAUUGCUCAAGCUUUUACACUAAUGAAUUCUAAAUAAUUUUUUAUAUUUCCGUAACAGAAGUAAUCCUAACCACUUUGUUGAGAACUAAUGGAAUAAUUAAGGUUAGUUCUGAUGGAGUGAUUGAAAACUAAUUUAUUUGAUUAAUUACAAAUUUGUGUAUAUUGAAUCAUUUGCGCUUGUAUUGUAAGCAUAAUUUUUCUAUUAGAAUCAAAUUUUUUCGGUGUAGCAUGAUGUCACAUUUUGAGUCAUCUAGCGGAAUUUAAUGUAUUUUUCUUGGCAAUGGUUUUUAUAUUGUGCUCUUGUCGCGCUCUUAAUGUAAUACAGUAUUACCGCUUGGUUUAGAACUCUUGUAACCGACAUUUGGAUUAUAUGAUCGUAAUAUUCUUAACAAAAUAACAAUGGCAUCAUAUAGUAUUGGUUUUAACCUAGCACAGCGAUCGAGCUUAAAUUUUUACAUGCUGAAUCAAGAGUUCUUCAUCAAAGCGUUUGUGAUGCGCACGUAGCUACGAAUAUGAUGUAUAUCCUUAAAAAUGAGAUAAAUGUGUACGUAUAUACAUAUAACUAUCGGAUAAAGCGAAUAUUUUCCAUGCAAGUAUUUGCACGAUGUACGUUAGCUUUGAAUUUUCUGAUUUCUCCACUGCCACGCGAAUAUCAAUUGGAUGCGAGAACGUAUCUCGAGGAACAAUUGUAUAGUAUAUAUAUGUAUAUGUGUGAAUGACAUGUGCGAACGGUAUUUCUCGAUCGUUUAUAUUUAUCUUCAUAAAAUGACUCCGCUAAGUUGCAAUUAAAUAUCGUAUCGUCUAUAUUCAUAUUCAUAUCAUUUUUCUCAUUGACUAUUUAUAGCAUUAAUACACAUUAAUUUUAUUCAAUAUUAAUCGAUCCUUUUUUCUACACAUUGCCAUUAACUAACCUGCCACUCGUUAUACCUACUUCUAAGAGUGUGUGAUGAACUAAAUAUAACCGCGUUCUUCUCUAUACCUUUUUUUAAAUCUUUAAAUCUUUAAUUUAAAUCUUUAAUAUGAAAAGAUUUAAUAUACUGAUAAAGAGAGAAAGUGAGAGUGUGCAGUAAUAUUUAUGCUGUAGAUAUAUAAUUUGUUGAUCAUGUUUAUUUUUACUGCACUUGAGAAUUUUUGUCGUUCUACACGUUUAUACGAAAUAUAUAUAUUUAGUACUCUA